CUACUGCGCUCCUGUUUUUCUCCUGCAGUCUUAAAGCAGCCGGCACCAGAGGAAACAGUCACGGCCAGUUUUGGGAAGUUCAUCAGUGACAUUAAGCCCCAGCACUUGUCCCCCAAAGUUCUGCAGCGCAGCAAAAGAAUGGUGCUGGACAGCAUUGGGGUUGGACUCAUUGGAAGCACAACAGAAGUGUUUGGACUGGCUUUGCAGCACUGCCAGUGCAUGUACGCUCCUGACGACACCAGCUCUGUGUACGGACGCCAGGGAACCAAACUCUCGCCAACACUGGCUGCUUUUGUCAACGGAGUGGCGACUCAUUCAAUGGACUUUGAUGACACGUGGCAUCCUGCCACUCACCCCUCAGGAGCAGUCCUCCCAGCUCUGUUAGCGCUCAGUGACAUGAUGCCGCCAAACAGCAAACCCAGCGGCCUGGACUUGAUGCUGGCUUUCAACGUGGGCAUCGAGAUCCAGGGGCGACUGAUGAGAUUCUCCAACGAGGCCCGCAACAUCCCCAAGAGAUUCCACCCUCCCACUGUGGUAGGAACCAUGGGAAGUGCAGCUGCCAGUGCUCGACUCCUGUCCCUCAAUCCCACCCAGUGCAGUCACGCCUUGGCCAUCGCCGCCUCUCUGUCAGGAGCCCCCAUGGCAAAUGCGGCCACUCAGUCUAAGCCCCUCCACAUCGGCAACGCAUCCCGUCUGGGUCUGGAGGCGGCUCUGCUGGCCUCCCGAGAUCUAAAGGGCAGCGCCCUCAUCCUGGACGACGUGGCGGGGGUGUCAGGCUUCAGCGCCUUUUACGAAGACUACGCAUCACAGCAUCUAGAGUCACCCAGUGACGACGGCCAUGUGUUCCUGCUAGAGGAACAAGACAUGGGCUUCAAGCGCUUCCCCGCCCAUCUAGGCAUGCACUGGGUGGCAGACGCUGCAGCCUCCAUCCAGAAGCGUCUCAUAGAAGUCAACGCCGGUCCCACCCUCCCAGCUCAGAUCCAGGAAAUCCUGCUGAGAGUCCCCAAAUCCAAGUACAUCAACCGGCCUUUCCCGGAGUCGGAGCACGAGGCACGCCACUCCUUCCAGUUCAACGCCUGCAGCGCUCUCCUCGACGGUGAGGUCACAGUGCGGUCAUUCACCCCGGCCUCCAUGAAACGCCCCGAGCUGCAGGCUCUGCUCGGUCGCGUUCGUCUCGAGCAUCCUUGUGACAACCCAGCCAAUUUCAACAGCAUGUACAGCGAAGUGCAGGUGACACUUGCUGGCGGAUACAUUCUAACGGCACGCUGUGACACCUUCUACGGUCACUGGCGUAACCCUCUGACCAAUGAGAGCCUGGCAAAGAAGUUUAGAAGCAACGCAGGGAUGGUGCUACCAUCAGAGAAGGUGGAGAUGUUGAUAGAUGUGGUGGAGGAGUUGGACAAAAUCGGAGACUGUGGUGUUCUACUGAGACAACUGCAAUAAAAGCUGACGUAAAGCAAAUGUAUCUAUAAUGAUUAUGUUAUUUAUACACAAAUAAGUUAAUAUUGUAAAUACAGAAAUUGAAACUUGGCAAUCAGUCAGCUUUGGGAAAUGAAAUGUUAUGAAUGUAACUACAGUAAUGUUGUGCAUCUGUUUAAAAGAAAAUGAAUUGUCCAGAUUUGUAUUUAAAGGGAUUUUGAUUCUUUAAAUUUAUUUUAACAACGAUGUAAUAUAUGUGUCUUGUAAAAUAAAAA